AUGGUCCACUGGAUUUCGCCCCUGCCCAGGAUGCAGCUGCAGAACAACCAGGCCUCGGCCAUCACCCAGGCGGGGACAGGUGCGCUUUCUACGAGCCAGAAUUCGUUUGAUAACCCAGAGGUCCACCCCAUCUGGGCGGCGGGCAUCACUGGCACGGGUCAGGUCAUCGGCGGGGGAGACUCGGGAGUAGAUCGCUUCCACUGCUUCUUCUACGACCCAUCGGUGGAUUGGGAUGCACAGGUCACGACCCAGGGUGGAGUGCAAGUGUUCGAGAGCGAGACGCAUCGCAAGAUCCGGUAUUAUCGAGCCUUUGGCGACUUUGCGGAUGCCAAUGGGCAUGGUACGCAUGUGAUGGGGACGCUGCUGGGCUCCACGACUGGCGCCAAUCUCAGCAGGAGCACCGAUGCUGCCUACAUCGGCAUGGCCCCCGACGCCAAGUUGGCCUUCAUAGUGAUCGUCGCCUCCUCAAUUGCACAGGGCGCAAUGCUGCACUCCGAUUCCUGGGGUGUCAGCGCCAUCAGCUACGACUACCUGGCCUCCCAGAUUGACUGGUACCACUGGGACAACCCCGACUUCCUGGCCAUGUUUGCCGCCGGGAACGAUGGCGAGUCCACCACCGCCGGCAACCCCAUCGGCGAGAUGACGGUGACCAGCCCCGCCACGGCCAAGAACCUGAUUGCGGUGGGGGCUACACAGACCACGGGGCAGGGCCUGGGCAGCGUGGGGUCCCAGUAUGUGGUUUACGAGGCCACCGUGAAGCGCGGCGACCUGAACCUCCUGGCCUUCAAAGUCCUGCAGGGCUCGUUCGGCGACGGGCUGAGCACGCUGGGCACCACGAGCUACCCCUUGGUGGCUGCUGACCCGCUGCUGGCCUGCGAAGCCAUGGUGAAUGCAACAGCCGUGGCGAGGGCCAUCGUUCUCGUGGAACGAGGCACCUGCGCCCUGGCCUCCAAGGUGCAAAACGCGCAGACGGCCGGGGCCGCAGCAGCGCUCAUAUUCGACAACGUCCUGGGCGGCUACUUUGUUUCGGCCGCCAAUGGCUCGCUCGCCAACAGCGUCACCCUGCCCAACAUGUCCAUCACGCGGCGCCUGGGUCAAACCCUGCUGGCCUCCUUCUCCUCCGGGCUGGCACUCACCAUCACCCUCUCCCCCGCGUCAGCCCCGGCCAACGCCUUUGAGAACCUGGCCUCGUACUCUUCCCAAGGUCCGACUCCGGAUGGCAGGGUCAAGCCGGACCUGGUGGCGCCCGGCUCCCUGUUCUCAGCCAAGUCCUCGACCUCGGGAACGGAGACCUGCGAGCUCCAGGGCCUCGUGGGCACUUCGAUGGCGACCCCGGUGGUGGCUGGCUCGGCGGCCCUGGUGCGGCAGUAUUUCAUGGACGGCUGGUACCCCUUCGGGGUCAAGAACGCCAGCGCGGGCUUCACCCCCUCUGGCUCACUCACCAAGGCCACACUGAUCUCAGGGGCGGCAUCCAUGACUGGUUUUGAGGCUCUGACGGGCCUCCCCAUCGACCCGCCCCCCUCCUUCCGACAGGGUUUUGGGCGUGUGCUCCUUGACACGACGCUGCCCCUGCCGAACUCAGAACGCAACUUCACGCUGCAAGUGGUGGACAGGGUGGAGGUUGCCACCGGCGACACCCACCGCUACUGCGUGCGUUCUACGGGGGGCCCGCUCACCGUGACCCUGGUCUGGACGGACUACCCUGCCCUGCCCUCGGUGUCCAAGGUCCUGGUGAAUGACCUGGACCUCACAGUGCGUGCCUCGGGCCUGGGUGGCAUCCCGCUGCUGGGCAACGGCGGGUCCAUCGCCAACGAGACGCAGCCGGACCGGGAGAACAACGUGGAGCAGGUUAGCAUGUCCUUCCUGCCCGUGGGGCCCGUCGCCAUCCAGGUCGACGCCCACUUUGUCCACGCCUCGGCGGGCCGCCAGCCCUACGCGCUCGCCGUGAAUGGGGCCUUUGCCGGGACGCUGGUCGUGCCGGGGGACGGCGAGCAGGGCCCAGCCUGCACCAUCGUGGUCCCCAGCAUCACCAAAGGCCCGUCUGGCCCCACAAACGCCACGCCCAUCGUGUUUGAGUUUGCUGCUGCCGGCAACGCAGCGUACGGCGGCCUGGCGUGGGAGUGUCUUCUGGCCGACGGCAACGGCGCCGUCGGAUCCACCGGGACCCAGGACUGGAAGGCCUGCUCCUCCCCGGCCUCCUUUGCGGGCCUGCCGGACGGGACGUACGAGUUCUCUGUGCGGGCGCAGGGGGAAACCACGCAGGCAAACCAAACCUUUGUGCUGGACACAAUGCCCCCGGUGCUGGCCUUCAACGGAGGGACCCCCGCCUCUGGGUCGACCUCCGACGCCCCCAUGGUCAACGUCAGCUUCGCCGGCCAGGACCCCCUGCCCGUGAACUACACCUGCGCCCUGGCCGUGGAGGACGCUGCGUUCAUGCAGGGCCCGGUCUUCGCAGGGGCCAUCGCGCCUGCCAUCUGGCCCCUGCAGUCUCGGGCCGCUUGUGAGAGUCCGGCCAUAUUCCACUGGCUGCUGCCGGGCGCCUGGAGCCUGUCCGUUGUCGCCGAGGAUGCUGCUGGGAACCAGGCAAGCCCUGCUGUGUACAGCUGGGCGGUCGCUUUCUCUGCUGGCCAGCAGUACGCGCGUCUGACCAGCGGCCCUUUUGGUCUCUCCAGACUACUGGAGAGUGCGAGCUUCGAGUUUGGCGUGUUUGCGGUGGAGUCCAGUGGCGCGUCGCUCACCCAGAUGGCGCAGCCAUCGACGAGGUGCUGGCUGGCGGGGCCGGGGACGAGCGGCAGCAGCCCCUCCUGGACACCCUGCACCUCCCCGCACAUCUACGCCAACUUGAGCGAGGGCGCCUACACGUUCUACGUCCAGCCGACAGAGGCGGCCACUCUGUCGCUCAUGGGGGCCGGGGCUGUGCCCAUGGGCGGCGUGACCGCACUCUCUGCAUUUGCACUUGAUGGGACUCCCCCUGUGGCGAACCUCACCGCCAGCCCAGCUGCCAUCCUGGCAUCCAACUCCACCGUGGCAAACUUCACGUCCAGCGAGGCGGGGUCGACGUUCACCUGCACACUGACUGCGCCAGACGGAAGCAGCAGGACCAGCAACUGCAACUCGCCCUAUGUGAUGACUGGGCUGGAGGAUGGAAAGUUCGAGCUGGCGGUCACCCCCACCGAUGUGGUCGGCAAUGUGGGGAGCCAGGUGCGCACCUCCUUCCUCGUCGACACCACCCCUCCCACCCUGUCGGACGUCAGCUUCCCUGUGGCCACCAGGCAGACCCAGUUCGCCGUCUCCUUCAAAGCAUCCGAUGGCAACGGGAGUGGGAUUGCAUACACGCAGUGCCGCCUGCAGGCUGCCACCCUGGUUUCGGGGUCGGCCACUCAGAUGGACGCUGCGUGGACAAACUGCACGAGCCCACAGACCUACACUGGCCUGGAGGAGGGUCACUGGCUGCUGAACAUUCAGGCCAUCGACAAGGCUGGCAACGUUGCGACCCUAGGAGACCAGGACGUCUGGAUCGACCAGACCCCCCCCAGCAUCUCCGUCACGAGCGGCCCCGCCAGCUUUGCCUCGGUAGAGGGCGCCCUGUCGUUCUCCUUCUCGGAGACCGCCGGCGCCGGCGCGCUGGCCCCAAUCGCGACCUUCCAGCUGCGCCUGGCCCCGAUCUCCCGCGACCUUUUUGACUCGCUGCGCAAUGGCAGCACCUCGGAGGGCACCAGCUCCACGUUGGGCACGCUGCUGGGCGGCGCCGGGCGGCGCCUGCUGGAAGAUGAUGCCGAGACCGUGCAGGCCGGCGACGCGCUGGCGAGCUGGACCAACUGCUCCGCCAGCUGCAGCGUGGAGGGUUUGGCUUCGGGCACCUACACCCACUCUGCCCGCGGCAUUGACCUGGCCGGGAACGUGGGCAACGCCACGGCCGCGGUGCCCUUUACCUACACCCAGCCUCCGGGGCCGGGGUUCCCGGUGUGGGCCAUCGCCGUGGCGGCGGGGGGUGGCGCCCUGCUCUUGAUCAUUUUGGCACUGCUGGGCUGCAUGUGCUGGAGGCGGCGCAACAGCAGGAAAGCGGCUGCCACCCCCGCCGGUGCCAGCCUGGGCGCCCACCCGCACGCGCCGGCGGGGUACGCCACCCAGCCAGCCUGGCCAGGACCCCAUCCCAGCGGCCAGGCGUACCAGUAUCCCCCGCAGGGGCAGACGUACAUCUACUCCUCGGGCAGGAUGCACGACGAGAGGGCGAGGGAGGAGCAAGAGCUGGCACUGGCGCUGGCUGCCUCCAAGCAGGAGGCUGAGCUGGCAGCGCAGCGUGCGCAGCAGGCGCCCGCGUGGGGGCGGCCCGUGGGCGCGCUCCCCGACCCAGCCCCGCCGAUUGCUCCACGCCGGGCGUACCCGGCGACCGCACCGCAUCCGCAGGAUGAGGAGGAUGCGCAGCUGCGUGCGGCCAUUGCUGAGUCACUGCGUUUGCAGCAGCAGACGCAGCAGUGGAACCCUUGGAGAGGCUGA